AUGGCAGUCUUGACCUCACUCACUCGUUUCCCUUCUUCUUCUACCUUGUUGUCCUCUAACGCUCGCCAUCUCUUCCUCCUUUAUCCAUCUUCUUCUUCCAUCAUCAAAAAAAGAUUCAAUCUCUUCUCCGUCGCAUCCAUGUCGUCUUCUUCUCCUUCCCCUCCUCCUCAAGAGAAAAUCACAGCUCCUUAUGGCUCCUGGAAGUCCCCGAUCACCGCCGACAUCGUUUCCGGUGCUUCAAAGCGUCUCGGCGGCACCGCCGUCGAUUCCCGCGGACGUCUCGUCUGGCUCGAGUCUCGCCCCAAUGAAUCCGGGAGAGGGGUUUUGGUAAUGGAAGGAGAAAAAGAUAUCACACCAAAAGAGUUUGCAGUGAGGACUUUAACUCAAGAGUAUGGUGGUGGUGCUUUCCGCCUUUCCUCAUCAGACGAUCAACUCGUUUUCUCCAAUUACAAAGAUCAGCGACUUUACAACCAACAUCUUCUUCACAAUGAUUCAUCUCCCAAACCAAUCACCCCUGAUUAUGGUGCUCCAACUGUUACUUAUGCUGACGGAGUCUUUGAUUCACGCUUUAACCGCUAUCUUACUGUUAGGGAAGAUGGUCGCCAGGACAGAUCAAACCCUAUUACAACCAUUGUGGAGGUCAAUCUAAGUGGAGGAGGAGGAGACACACUUGAAGAACCAACAGUUCUUGUGAGUGGCAAUGAUUUUUAUGCGUUUCCACGAUUGGACCCCAAGUGUGAGCGAUUGGCAUGGAUUGAAUGGAGUCACCCUAAUAUGCCUUGGGAUAAAGCACAGCUCUGGGUUGGCUACAUAUCUGAGGCCGGAACUAUUGAUAAACGUGUAUGUGUUGCUGGUUGUGAUCCCCAGUUUGUGGAAUCUCCUACUGAGCCCAAGUGGUCACCAAGAGGUGAACUCUUUUUUGUAACGGACAGAAAGAACGGAUUCUGGAAUAUACAUAAAUGGAUUGAAAGUACCAACGAGGUUGUUUCAGUAUAUCCUCUAGAUGGUGAGUUUGCCAAACCAUUAUGGGUUUUCGGUACAAACUCCUACGAAAUAAUCGAAUGCUCUGAAGAGAAGAACAUAAUUGCAUGUAGCUACAGGCAGAAAGGAAAGUCAUAUCUUGGCAUUUUGGAUGAUUCGAAGGGUUCAUUUUCUCUGCUUGAUAUUCCUUUAACUGAUUAUGAUAGCCUUACAUUGGGUAAUCAAUGCCUUUAUGUUGAGGGAGCAUCAGCAGUUCUUCCACCAUCAAUUGCCAAGGUAACACUGGAUCAGCAUAAGAUGAAAGCACUCAGUUCUGAGAUUGUUUGGUCUUCUUCCCCGGAUGUUUUAAAGUACAAGGCUUUCUUCAGCGUGCCAGAUUUGAUUGAAUUUCCAACAGAGGUUCCUGGUCAAAACGCUUAUGCUUACUUUUAUCCUCCAACCAAUCCGCUCUACAAUGCUAGCAUGGAGGAGAAACCUCCAUUGCUAGUGAAGAGUCACGGAGGCCCUACUGCUGAAUCACGUGGAUCUUUAAAUCUGAAUAUUCAGUACUGGACAAGCCGAGGGUGGGCAUUUGUUGAUGUCAAUUAUGGUGGAAGCACAGGUUAUGGUCGAGAGUAUCGGGAGCGGUUGUUACGGAGGUGGGGGAUUGUUGACGUGGAUGACUGUUGUGGAUGUGCUAAGUACUUGGUAUCUUCUGGAAAGGUAGAUGUUAAGCGGCUCUGUAUAUCUGGAGGUUCUGCAGGAGGUUACACAACUCUUGCAGCAUUGGCAUUCAGAGAUGUCUUCAAGGCAGGAGCCUCUUUAUAUGGGGUGGCUGACUUAAAAAUGCUGAAAGAAGAAGGUCACAAGUUUGAAUCCCGCUAUAUCGACAAUCUUGUUGGAGAAGAAAAGGAUUUCUAUGAGAGAUCACCAAUCAACUUCGUCGAUAGGUUUUCUUGCCCCAUCAUCCUUUUCCAAGGAUUGGAAGACAAGGUUGUAACCCCGGAUCAAUCUCGUAAAAUCUAUCAAGCACUAAAGGAAAAAGGUCUACCUGUUGCCCUUGUCGAGUACGAAGGAGAACAACACGGUUUUCGUAAGGCAGAGAACAUCAAAUACACACUGGAGCAACAAAUGGUGUUCUUUGCCCGAGUCGUCGGAGGGUUCCAAGUUGCAGAUGACAUCAAUCCUCUGAAAAUUGACAACUUCGACACUUCCAGUGAUGCUUAG